AUUCUGGUCCCUGGUCUUGAUGGUGCUGCUGGAGCUGGGCUUCACGAUCAUUAUUUGCCAGUCGCUGCAGGAGUUCAUCAUGGACGAGCAGCAAGAUCUGGAGACUCGAGUGGCGAUAAGCGUCCUCUAUGGCAGUUUCGGCCGGGCCCU